AUGGAGAAGUCCAGGAAUAUAUCUGAAGAUUUCAUACAAAAGGCAAUGGCAGCUGCCAACUCAAUGCGUCGUGAUGAACUGCUUUUCUCUUACAAGGGAACUCUCUACCCUACCACUAUUUGCAGUCCUGAAACAUUCAAAGCUUUGGAGUCCUUUGAAGUCAGAAGUGAUGAUGUAAUUUUGGCAGGAUACCCAAAAUCCGGCACAAACUGGCUAAGUCAAAUCUUAACUGACCUGAUAGCCAUAUCUCAAAAGAAAACACCAGGAAGUGAAAGUAGUUUGAAUGCUGAAGAACAAAAAGAAAUAGCCUACCUUGAAGUUGGAGAUGCCAAGAAAUAUGAGCGAAUGACUAGAUUACCUUCUCCAAGAUUUCUGGCUUCUCAUCUCCGUCCUGAAAACCUUCCCAAGUCUAUCUUCAAAAACAAUGCCAAGAUAUUGUUACUGAUUCGUAAUCCAAAAGAUGUUGCUACAUCAUUCUACCAUUUCUCCAAUGGCAUAGUUUUUCUUCCCUCCUAUGAGACCUGGAAUGAUUUCUUCACGGAUUUCAUGACAAAGAAAAUGGCCUGGGGAUGCUACUUUGAAUACAUUUCUGAAUGGAACAAAUAUGCUGACAAAGAAAAUAUUAUGACAAUAACUUAUGAAGAGGUAAAAGAGAAUCCAGCCCUGAGUGUGAAGAACAUAGCUACAUUCUUUGGAAUACCUCUGACUGAGGAAGAGCUCCAGCUAGUGCUAGAGAGGAGCAGCUUCCAGUCUAUGAAGAAAAACUCGGACAAGACCCAUGGGCCAAUUGCUAAUGCUCUCUUUCGCAAAGGUGGUGUAAGUGACUGGAAGAAUCUUUUCAGUGAAGAUCAGAGUGAGAAAAUGGACAAAGCAUUUGAAGAACAUAUAGCAGGAACAAAACUUGGAAAAAAGUUAAAGUAUGACUUGUACUGCAAAGCCUGA